AUGUAUAUGAAUUCUCUUGAAAAAGCGGGAUUUGGAGCAUCACAACAAGCGAGCAGCGGAGAGGGUGGACGAGUGACGACAGAUGCUGGAAGUGCGACAGAUUCAGAUGAAAAGAAAGAAGCGCUUAUCAGCUUAAUGCGAGGCCUUUGGCCAUUUCGAUCAACGAAUUUCCAUGUGUUGAGGGAUGGUGACGAUAUCAAUACCUCAGCAUCUGGACAGGCACAACCUGCACCACAGGCACUGGCGCAAAAUCCCUUCCAAUUACUUUCGGCAGCCAGUUUACGACGUUACAAAAAGUUUUUCAAUCUGCCGCAUCGUUCGAGCACCAAUACAAAGCAACAGCUCCUGGAAGGCGUUUCGGAGCAUUUCCACAAUCUGGAAGUGCCAGCCUACGAAACAAUUGCCAGUUUCUUGUACACUGCCAAAUUUAAUAAAAACAAAAUCGAUUAUCCAACUGCCGAGUAA